CGUUCGAAGGGAGAGUACUUUCCCCUACAAUUCUUUCACAAUUUAGUAUCUAUAACUCCCUUAUCAAUAUAUGGGGUAUUGACAGAGGAGUCUUUAAACUAAUAUAACAAAAUGGAUAUUUUAUUUGGUCUCAGUCAUGAAUUCCUACACCACUUUCGAGUUCUAAUCAGCACGUUCUUAUGGAAUAUUUACUGCUCGAAGACUUUUACCCAUGUCAUUUCUCUAUUUAGAAGGAACGUGUGCUUUUAAAUCCCUUUUCUAUAAGUUAAUUUUGUAGAAGUUCUCUAAAAUACUCGGGUAUAUAUUGAUUGGUAUGGGAUAAAUUGGACAAUUUGGAUUCGUUUUAUUAUACCCGUAAAUAAAUGAAAAACUGAUUUAGCUGAGAUUAUAUUAACUGCUCAAACUUCAAGAGAGAGAGUAGUUUUAACAAUUUUUGAUAUAAAAUUUAUUUCUCUACAACUUUCUUGAAAACGAUGGUUAUUUAUUCUAUUGGGAAUCGGGUUUUCAGAUAUUUUUCUAAAAGUUUACGAAAAAAUCUUUUCUUUUAUUCUCUUACAAACUCUGUAUUUUCAUAUUGGGGAAUGCUCUUAGACUUCGCACAUUCUGUGGCUUCGAAUAUUUCAUAUAUUUUCUCACGUGCCUUCAACGAAACUGACCUAUUUUUUUCAGGAAACGUAAGACUUAAAUUUGGUUAUUAAAAUACAUUGCUAUUAGGUCAGAUAGGACUAUGAGAAAAAUAUAAAAUGUUCGAAUCCAUAUGGUGUAUGAAGACAGAGUACCUUCCCGUAAUUAUAGAAAAAUUGCUGAAUUAGGUGACAAAAUGAUCCCAAAAAAAUUCAUUCCUUUCAAUUUUUUGUCCCAUGAAUUUUGACACUUUUUAUCCUGAGCAAAAAUUGUUAAUAAAAAAAAUCUACGCGGAAAACAAUUCCGGCAAACGGAAAAAGAAUUAGGGUAAAAUGAGAAAAUUUGGAACCAUUUACAAUUUGGGACAUUUGAGAUUUUCUCAUUGUUUCAGAUGAGCAAAGAGAGAAAAAAUGAUAGCGAAAUAGAAUAAAAAGACGAUUGAGAAGAAAAGGAACAGCUUUUCUUCCUUUUGAAUCUCUAAAACAGUGAGAAAAUCUCAAAUGUCCCAAAUUGUAAAUGGUUCCAAAUUACCCUAUUUUACCCCAGUGUUUAAUAUAGUCAAAAUAUUCUAUAAAUUUGCAGGAAUUCAUAAAUUUUAGAAAAUAAAAUAAUAAUAAUUGAUACGUCCUGUGAGAAAAAUACUUAACAUAACAAAAUCAAAAUUUCAAUAUCUCGUUUUUCCUUACUCUUUGCGGAAUUUUUAACAAUUUAACAUUUAAGGAGUUUCUUAAAAGUUAUCACUAGGAAUAUUUGAAUCCCUGAUGCCUUAUCCUUACAGAGUAUCUUCUAGGUACAAUUUGCAUUUAAAACUAAAGUUCAAGCUGUAAAAAUAUAAAUAAUAGGAUAAAAAUUUUGUUAUUUGAUUUGCAAUAUAAAAAAAACGUUACAAAUUAAUAGAAUAACACUGUAAUGUCCCUUUUGUGAACCGUUUCCCAUUCGAUUGGAGAAGGCAAAAGGUUUAUAGGGGAACUUUUCAAUCUUAAGCAAAUUGCCACGAGCUUUUUGAUAUCUUUUCGUACACCCUCCUACUGAGUAAACACUUUUAUACACACCCUCACGAAGAUGAUUCUAAUUUUGACUGCCUGAGGUUAGUUAUUUCUCUUCCUCCAACAUUUUCUUCUCAUUCACUACCAUUACUAUAUAACACCAUCCCUUCCGACAACAGUCUUAUAUAGACAAACUUCCAUUAGGAUUUACAAGUAUUCCGUUCUGCAAACCCACAAAAAGCACACAUUGAGGUCCCCCUUCUGCAGAAAAAGUUGGAAAGGCGAGAAAAUGGGGGUGUGAGAAUAUGAAACCGGAUGCGGAAAUUUCAUCAAAUUAAAUGAGUUUCGUCUCUUUUUACAUGUUUAUCGAAUUUUGCCUUGUUUCCAUUUCUCUAAUUAUUCCCCUCCAACACACUCUAACUGAUACAAUAAACCACUUGUUAGGAUAACAAUUCAUGAUUAAAUUGUAUGAAAUAAAUACCUCAUUCCCUUUCUGAAUGAAAUAAAAAAAAAGAAAAAACAAACGAGGGUUAGAAGUAGGUAGAGUAAUAAAUUAGCUAUUUAAAUACGGACUCGUAUUAAAUUAAACUUAAUUUUAUCCAUUGAAUUUUAAUAGAAUAUAUUGGCUAAAUAAGAGAUUGGAUAAAUAAAGCGACCCGGAACAAAAGAUAGAACACCAAACAAGUAUAAUAUUAAUGAGAUACCUAAUGAACUGAUAAUGAGAAUUUUCAUAAACAAAGACUAAAGAAAACCAUGCUCAAAUGUACAUAAUGUAAUUUAAUUUAAAAUAAAAUCCCCCACUAAUAAUUAGCGCUAAUCAAAUACACUGAAAAUGUCGUUAAUCACCGGAUAAAAAACCAUUAUUUAAAAAAGAAAUAUUGUGAUUAAUCCAGUGUUGUGCAUUUAAUAAAUUAAACAAUAAAACAACAAUACAUAAAAAAAAACGAUACAGAGAAUUAAAUUCUCCAAACCUAAAUAAAAAAAGUAAUAAAUAAAUUCAAAAGAUUAUUAACAAAAAGAACUAAAACAAAAAAAAACAAUUGCACCUACAGAGGAUUUUUUAUUCUCUCAGUAUAAUUUAUUGUUUGUUUAUUUAUUUUUUGUAUAACUUUGUACAAAAUAAAAUUUUGUGUGUUGUCUUGAAUAGAGAAAAAAAGUCGCCAAUACAAUGUAUUCAUUCUUGUUCAAGUUGAUGCCAUCAAUGAUGCAGCACUAUUUUUGGCAAGUGUUCUUACCCAUGCCAACUGCAUCCCUCGUAGCCCUGGGAUUGCUCUUCUCCUUGCCGACAGUGAUUGCCGGACCACAUGAGAAGCGUCUCCUUCAUAUGCUCCUGGACAAUUACAACGUGCUGGAACGACCUGUCGUCAACGAAUCAGAUCCACUACAGCUGAGUUUUGGCCUGACACUAAUGCAAAUUAUCGAUGUGGAUGAAAAGAAUCAACUUCUUAUUACCAAUAUAUGGCUGAAACUGGAAUGGAAUGAUAUGAAUUUGCGCUGGAAUUCUUCAGAAUAUGGUGGAGUGCGAGAUUUACGAAUUCCACCACAUCGUCUGUGGAAGCCAGAUGUAUUAAUGUAUAACAGUGCUGACGAGGGCUUCGAUGGCACAUACCCAACGAAUGUGGUGGUCAGGAACAAUGGGUCAUGCCUGUAUGUGCCACCUGGAAUUUUCAAGUCCACGUGCAAAAUUGAUAUCACUUGGUUUCCCUUUGAUGAUCAACGGUGUGAGAUGAAAUUCGGCUCAUGGACCUACGAUGGUUUUCAGCUCGAUCUUCAGCUCCAAGAUGAGGCAGGAGGAGAUAUCAGUAGUUUUAUAACAAAUGGCGAAUGGGAGUUACUAGGUGUUCCCGGAAAACGUAAUGAAAUUUACUACAAUUGCUGCCCUGAACCUUAUAUCGAUAUAACAUUUGCCAUAUUAAUCCGACGGAAAACCUUGUACUAUUUUUUUAACUUAAUCGUGCCAUGUGUACUGAUUGCAUCGAUGGCACUGUUGGGAUUCACACUGCCACCAGAUUCCGGUGAAAAACUCUCGCUUGGAGUAACAAUUCUUUUGUCACUAACCGUCUUCCUAAACAUGGUGGCUGAAACAAUGCCGGCCACUUCAGAUGCUGUGCCUCUUCUAGGAACUUACUUCAAUUGCAUUAUGUUUAUGGUAGCGUCGUCGGUUGUGUCAACAAUUUUAAUUUUGAAUUACCAUCAUAGAAAUGCAGACACUCAUGAAAUGUCAGAAUGGAUUCGUGUGGUAUUCUUAUACUGGUUGCCUUGUAUCCUUCGCAUGAGUCGCCCGGGUCAGGAUGGCUUUGAAUGUCCAACAAUUAGUGGGGCAAAAGAGAAGCAACAGAUACAGAAUGUUGAACUGAAAGAGCGGCAAGGAGAUGAUGGAAGCGUUGGACCUGUUUCCGAUGCCAGAAUGCACGAAACAAUAUCACACACAUGCCUAAGCUCAUCAGCUGAAUAUGAAUUGGCACUAAUUCUCAAGGAGCUUCGGUGGAUUACAGAUCAACUUCGCAAAGAAGAUGAAAACUCGGACGUAACUAGAGACUGGAAAUUUGCUGCAAUGGUAGUUGACCGAUUGUGCCUUAUAAUUUUCACAUUAUUCACCUUAAUUGCUACACUAGCUGUCCUGUUUUCAGCACCUCACUUCAUUUUCUCGUAACCAUACAAAAAUUUUAUUAGAUCAAUUCUUAUAUUGCUUUCCCUGACUUAGAGAAAAAAAAGACAAAGGAAACAUCUCACAUCGUAGAUUUAUUCGAAGAAUUUUAUGCCAAAAAGAAUUUCCCCAUUUUUGAUACAUUAAAAAAAAAAUAAUGUGAAAAAUAAACAAAAAAAAAGAGAAAACAACAUUGAAAAAUUUCUGCGAUGAAUAUCAAAUAAGUAAUUUAGGAAAAAAGUACACCUUGAGUUGACAACAAAACGAAGACCUUCAAGAAAGUGUGACUGAUAAAGUAAAUAAAGAAAAAAAGAUUCUUUUUUACAAAAAAAUAAGAAAUUCGAAAAAAUAAACUCACAGUGCUAUGUUAAUCAAAUAGUGAGAAGGACAAAAGAAAAGCCACACUACUUCUAAGGACAAUUGUAGACACAUUUCAAUUACUAAAAUUUAUUAUCUCUAGUAAAUCGAUAUAUAUCCAAAUAUUUCCAUUAACUAAUAAAAUUGCAAUAUUACUAAAGAAAAAAACUGGAGGAAAUUUAGAGAAAGGAAACUUUCUGUUAUCACAAUGUGCCAUUGAAAAUUUAGAUUUAUUAAAUAAAAGAAAAUAAAACAAGGUGAAAUAUACUAGGAAACCGUUCUUGUGAAGAACUUUCCAAAUAGCGAUGGCUUAUUUGGUCAAAAAAAGAUAAAUUAUAUAUAUAUCAGAGCUCAUGUUAAAGGUUGUUUUACAUAUUCAAGAAUGAAAGUCUAACAAAAAAUAAAAAGAAAACCGGAGAUUCAUUUGCCAUGUCAAUAUGAAGUCUCCUAAAUCUGAUCAAAAGAAAACGUGAAAAUUAAACGAAAAUCGAAAAAUCUUCGUAGGAUAUAACAAAUAUUAACCCUACAGAAAAGGUAAAUAGUCAAACAAGGAUGUUAAUUAAAAGAGUAACAUAAAAAAACAAUAACAGAAAGAAACAUGGAAUAACUUAUGAUUACGAAAAAACAUUUAGAUCAAAUACAAUAAUACAUAAACUAAACAGAAGUCAUAUUUAUAGCCACUCUCUGAAAAUGAAAAAAAUAUCAUUCUAAUUAAAAAAAAAAUCUAGGAAAAUAUUUUAAAUAAUUGGAUUGAUACCAAUUCUUAAGAAAAAAAAGAACGCAUAAUCAUAGCGAGUUUUGUACCUUAAGUAAAAUAUUACUUAGUUUGUAAUAAAAAGGAAUAACUUUUCGAUACUAGCGGCUUUGUUAACACAUUCAAUAAGAAUUUUUCAAAAUCAAUAUAAUUAAAUAUCAUUGAAGCAUUAUUCGCAUGAAAUUAAACAAUUAAGAAUGGUAAAUAUUUUAGUCGUGUAGUAUUAUUUGAUUGGCUAGAGCUUUAAAGCGUUUAAAACAUUGAAAUCUUUAGCUAAUCAUGAAUAGAAUACGAAUCACAAGAAAGUAUUUGCCCGGAAACCCGGGAUUUCCAAGGGUUACGCGAAACAUCAAAUCGAAUACAUUAAAAGUAUUUGGAUAACUAAAAAAUUCUAAAAAAAAAAUAUUCCCACAGCCUGAAGAAUAAAGAACGUAUUCGUUAAAUUCAAGAUUCAAAAGUAUUCGGAAACCGAGGAAACCCGAGAAUCGUGAGAAUUUAUUCCCGAGACCUGAGAAUCCCAAUUCGUGUAAUUCAAGAAUACUGGAAAUUUUUUAGUGAAUCCCAUAAACACUUCAAAAGUAUUCGUAAAAUAGAAGAAUCCCAAGAAAGUAUCUGCAAAUCCCAAGAGCGUUAAAACAACAUUUGCGAAUACUAGGAAUAUUUCUGAAGUAUUCGCGAAUCCCAAGAAAGCUUCAAAACCAUUCGCCAAACCUGAGAACAUAAAAAAGUAUUUGCGAAUUCCACAACAUUUAAAAAGUAUUUGUAAAUCUCAAAAAUUCUUGAAAAGUAUUCCCGUAACUCGAGAAUCCCAAUAAUAUUUAAAAGUUAUUUGCGAAACUCAAUAAUGCCAAGGGAGUAUUUGCGAAUCCCAAAAAAUAUUUAAAAAUAAUUCGCGAAACACGACAAUUCCAAGAGACUAUUUGCCAAUCCCAAGAAUACUUUAAAAAUAUACAAGAAUAUUCAAGAAUAUUUUAAAAGUAUUCGUGAAAUCCGAUAAUUCCAAGAGAGUAUUUACGCAUCCAAUGAAUACUUGAAAAGUAUUCCCGUAAAUAAUGAAUUCCAAGAAUAUUUAAAAAUUAUUUGCGAAUCCCAAGAAUACUUUAAAAAUUCUUCGCGAAACCCUACAAUUCCAAGAGACUAUUUGCGAAUCCCAAGAAUACUUUAAAAGUGUACAAGAAUAAUCGAGAAUAUUUUAAAAGUAUUCGUGAAAUUCGAUAAUUCCAAGAGAGUAUUUACGCAUCCAAUGAAUACUUGAAAAGUAUUCCCGUAAUUCAAGAAUUACAAGAAUAUUGAAAAAUAUUUGCGAAUCCCAAGAAUACUUUAAAAAUUAUUCGUGAAACCCGACAAUUCCAAGAGAAUAUUUGCGAAUCUCAAGAAUACUUUAAAAGUAUACAAGAAUAUUCAAGAAUAUUUUAAAAAUAUUCGUGAAAUCCGAAAAUUCCAAGAGAAUAUUUACGCAUCCAACAAAUACUUGAAAAGUAUUCCCGUAAAUAAUGAAUUCCAAGAAUAUUUAAAAAUUAUUUGCGAAUCCCAAGAAUACUUUAAAAAUUAUUUGCGAAACCCGACAAUUCCAAGAGAGUAUUUGCGAAUCCCAAGAAUGCUUUAAAAGUAUUCAAGAAUAUUUUAAAAAUAUUCGUGAAAUCCGAUAAUUCCAAGAUAGUAUUUGUGCAUUCCAUGAAUACUUGAAAGUAUUCCCAUAAUUCGAAAAUCCCAAGAAUAUUCAAAAAUUAUUUGCGAAUCCCAAGAACACUUUAAAAGUAUUCGCGAAGCCCUAGAAUCUCUUAAAACUACUUGGAGAGUAUUCGCGAAUCCCAAAAAUGCCCAAAAUACUUGAAGGGUAUUCGAAAUCCAGAAUUCUAUUUUAAUGAAGUAUUUAAAUGAGCAACUCCUUGACUCAAAGGAACUAAAAUAUUUGAAUGGACUAAAUAUUUAAUUCCAUGUGGAUAAUGCUUAAGGCUACAAGAUAAGUUUGCAAAUAUUUUGGGAAAGAAGUAAAAUUUUCAGGUAAACGUCUUAUUAAAUUCAAUAGGAAAUUUGAUAGAGAAAAUACUUUAAAAUAUCAUAGUUAGAGAUUCGAAUGGUAUAUAGUCCGCUUAAAUUGAGCUUAUACAUGUUUCAGAUUUUUUAAUUCAUAAUUUUAACGAAAAUUCAAUUAAGGAAUUAUUAUUUUUCUUCUUAUUAGACUUUCAUGUAACUCACACAGUGUUUUCCAGAAUUUAAUAUUCGGAAUAUUUAUUUUAUUAUAUAUUUUUUGAGUAAUAUUAGAACAAUGCAAUGACAUUUUAUGAUUGCCAUGUAUUUUUAGAAUGCUUAAAAAUUGAUUUUUAAUGGAAAUUACAAUGAUUUUGUCGACAUGAGCAAUAAGAACAAAUUAAUUUUGUUCAAAUAAAAAAGAAAUGUGAAAAAAAUGUAUAAAAUUCACGUGAUAUAGGCCAUCAAAAUUUGAGGUAAACUUAAACAAUUUAUGGGAGUUAAACUUCCAAAUGGAAUGCAGUCAAAGAGGAAAUGAAAUACCACAAAAUAGAACAGUAGAGCAUAUAGAAAAAGUUAUGUGAGCCUGAGGAGAAAUUUGAACGUGCAAAACAUUGUGGUAACAAUAUCAAAAUGUACAGAACAAUUUACUUACAGAAAAAAAUUACCCUUGACGCACACAAUGAGAAAGUGAAAGAGUUAAUUCAGUGAGAUGCAAAUGAAGAAAAAAAAUGAUACAAUAAUGAAAGAACUACCAAUAAUAGUUUAAUAUUACAAAUUUAGUGAUAGAGCGUAAUAUUUUAUAGUGAUGGAAGAAAAAACAGAAAGAAGUGAAAGUAAAUAAGAAAUAGAGAAAAAACGAUUAUUCAUAUAUUAUACAAAAAGAAAUGAGAAGAAAUUUAGAAGAUAAUUCAUAUUGUUACGUCACGUAAAUGCUGUGAUAUGACUUUUUAUAAUGGUGAAGAAAAAAAGAUGCAUUAAAAAUGAUUGUUAAAACAAUGAAUAAAACAAAAUCGCAAAAAACUUGUUGAUUUUAUUAGAAAAAUAAUUAUCCACAGAAAAAAAUUACACAAUAACUAAAAAAAUGUGAGGAUAAAAUAAAUAUGAAAAGAGGCACGAUUGCGAUAAUACUUAUAAUUUAUUUAAAAGUUUUCAUUUCAUAAACCUUCUACACAUCAUCAGCAUGGACACAAUUUAUUUUUUGUCAAAACCAAAUGAAAAUCAUUUAAAAGAAUUCUUCUUAAAAAGAACAUUUCAAAAAAAAACUUCUAACAAUUAAAAAAAACAGCAUCACCGUUAAUAUCCAGCAAUUAAAAAAAAGAACUUUUAAAUUAAGAAACGAACAUAUUGAAUGAAGUUUACAGUAUCAAAGUAAUUAAAAAAAACUAUAUAUAAAUUAAAUAAAACAUCAUGAGUAAAUUGCAAGUAAAUAAAUAUUAUAUCAUAAACAUAAAUUAAAAAUAUCAUUAAAAACUAAAAUAAAAAAAAAUCGUAGUUCUAAAUCUGUAUAAAAAAAAAGAUUUAAUACUAAGUAGAUUAACAUUAAUCGUAAGAUUUAAUAAAACGAAAAGAGCAUAAUAAAUUAGUGAAAUGGUAAAUUUAUAAUUAAAACAAAAUGAAGAUACUGUAAAUUUACUUCAAUAUUCGAGGUAAUAAAGUAUAUUUAUAAAGUAUUAUACACACCCUAAUAUUUACACCGUAUAACUAAAUUUGUCAAAAAAUACCCUAUUUAGGUGGCUGACUAACAUUUUCUAUAAACAUAUUACCGAAUUCCUAAUUAUAAUUCAAAUGAAAGAAAAGAAAUAAAAAUAUACUACGGUCUUCCUAAGAUGAUAACCAUCAUUUAACGAAAGAUAGAAUAUAUUCUAUUUUCAUUUAUUCUCUAGGUUCAUUUAUUUUGAAAUUAAAGUUACCAAAUUAUUGUUUUUUUUAAAUUUAUUUUACUAAUCUAAAAUUUUUGAUUGAAAUUUAGCGAAAGCAUAGAUUUCUCUUUUUAUUCCAAACGCAAUGUUCGUUAAUUCUUUCGUCAAGUUUGAUUUUUUUGUUACAAAAUGCAAACUAAACUAAAGGACUAUCAAAUACUCAAUGCAAUACCUUAAUAAAAUAAAAUCCUAUAGAACACUAUUUAAAGAAAAGUAUGAAUAAAACUAUUUCCAGAAAAAAAACUAAUGACAUUUUUGUUGCAACAACGAACUUAACGAUAAUUUCAUGGGUAUUUUCGUUAUUUUUACAAAUAUAGUUAAAGAAAAAAUUCUCAGUAUUUGGAAAUUUUAUUAAGAAAAAAAAAAACGUAUUACAAAAUAACUGAUCCCGAAUUGAGGUUUCUUAACUUUUUAUUAUAAAGUAAAAUUAAAGAAUUUUUGAAAACAAAACGAAAAAUAUACUAAGCUUCAAAAACCUUUCACGUAAUGAUCCCAUAACUAAACUAGAAUUCUCUAUUAUCACUAACUAUACAACUUUACACACUUUUCACACACAUUUACACAUUUUAAUCACCUUCUUCACCCAAUUCCCGCGAAAAAAAUAGAUUACUACCUUCGCUAACAUACCUUCAAAAAGUUACACAUGAAAGAAAUGAAUAAUCAGUAAAUUGACUAAUUCUUAAAUUUUAAUAAUAAAAUAUUUAAACAAAAAAAGGGGAUGAUUGACGAUUAAAAAUAAAUAUUGGCUAAUGUACAUUGCCAAAAAGAGAGUAAAGCAAAUAUAUCUAAAUAAAAUAUAAUAAAAAGAGAGAACAAGUUAUUUAAAAAAAAAACAAGUAUAACACGUAAUAAAGAAAAAAAAGUUGAAAGUGUUCAUGAUUGAAUUUAUUGUUACAUACAUUUACAUUAAACAUAUUAAACAUAAAAAUUUGCAAAUCAGCAAGAAAUGAACUCAAAAUGCUUUCAAAAUGACGUUACACGAUUUUACCACACGAAGAACUUAGGUGAUACUUUAGUUCGAAAAAAAAAACAAAUUUAAUAGCUAAUUAUAUGAGCAAGUGAGAGAGCAAUUUUAUCUGUUUAAUGUUUUUAUGUUGUUCCCCUCGUAAAAGAAAAAAAAAAACAACCAACAACUCUCAAUGCACUGAACGACACCAAUUUUGUUGAGAACUUACACACUUGGUAUAAAAAAAAGUAUAACAGAAUUACACACAAACUAAUGCAGUGCAAAAGAUUUCUUGUGAAACAUUUUACUAAAAUAAAAAGUGCUGAACACAGCGAAUAAAAAAAAUGAAAUACGGUAUAAUUUUGAAAUGUUACAUUUAUUGUAAUGCAAUUUGAAGAUGAUGAAAAAUAUUUUGUGUUUUGAACAUGUUUGUAAAAUGUUAUUUGAGAAUGAAGAAGAACUUUAAUAAAAUUGAUAAUUCAUUAAACGAA